AUGACUCAAGUACUGCGUCCUUUUAUUGGAAAGUUUGUCGUCGUCUACAUUAAUAACAUCCUUAUUUACAAUCGAUCCACUAGCCAGCACUUAGACCACUUAAGGCAAGUUUGUGAGGUCUUAAGGAAGGAGCAAUUAUAUGCCAAUCCGAAGAAAUGCACCUUCCUAGUAUAUCGCGUCAUUUUUUUGGGCUUCAUCGUUUCAGCCCAAGGGGUUUCCGCAGACCACGAGAAGGUGAGGGCCAUUGUAGAAUGGCCUAUCCCUCAGACUAUCCGGGAAGUCCGUAGCUUCCAUGGAUUAGCCACCUUCUAUAGAAGAUUCAUACGGAACUUCAGUACUAUUGUUUCUCCUAUCACUGAUUGCCUGAAGAAGGGUGAUUUUCACUGGACCCUGGCUGCCACCCAAGCUUUUGAUGAGAUCAAACAAAAGAUGGUGGAAGCCCCAGUGAUGCGACUUCCUAAUUUCUCCAAAGUCUUCGAAAUAACUUGCGACGCUUCAGGGGUCGGAAUUGUAGGAGUCCCUCCCAGGAAGGUCACACAGUUGCAUACUUCAGUGAAAAGUUAA